AUGAGCCAACCAAUGAACAUCAUGGGUGGGCCUACUCCCAACUCUGGAACGCCAAACAACGCGUCCAGCGGAGACAUAUCCCGCCAGAAGCUCAACACAUAUAUCUACGACUACUUCCUCAAGCACGGUAACCACGAAGUCGCCCGUGUCAUCCUCAAGACUGUCGAUCUCGACCUUGAUCCGCACCAGAGCCCAGAUCGCAAAGACAUCAACGGCGUGAGCGACUCAAUGGACGCCGACUCCAAAGACAACAAGAAGCCCGAUGACCUACCUUCACCCAACGUGCCAGCUGCUUCGGACGGCAGCUUCCUGUAUGAUUGGUGGCACCAGUUCUGGGAGUGUUUCAAUGCCCAACACGGUCGAGGCAACAACACACAGACUGCAAAGUAUUUGAGCAAUGUCCAGGCCCGAAUGGCCAGCGAGCGACAGAGGCUGAUGCGCGUCGAUCCCCAGAUGCAAGCCAACAUGGCCAUGCGCCCCGGCAUGGUUGGUCCUAAUAUGCCAGUACCUCCCGAGAUGGCCAAGAAGUUUGGUCUCCAGCCUGGUCGUCAACCAACACAGCAACAAGUGGUUCAGAUGCAGCAGCAAAUGCGCAUGCAACAAAUGGCGCAAUUGCAGCAAAACGCCAUGCAGAGAGAGGGCUCGACCAUGGAGCAAAGACCCGCCUCUCCCAGCGGCGGCGGCGGCGGUGACGCUGCUCCAUCGCCCAAACGUCAGCGACUCGAGGGCAACUUCAACGGCGCCAUGGGCCCUAUGGGACGCGGUCAGCCUCCGGGCAUGCCCGGACAACAGAUGGCCAACCCUCAGGCAAAAGCCAUGCAACAGGUAUAUGCCAACUCCAUGCGCCAGCAUAUGCAAUCCGCCAUGGAUUCUAACGUGGACAAGGGGUUGAUGCCUAACGGAGCACCUCAGAUGCCGCAGGACCCUAAUUCGGCCGAAUUUUUCAACACGCAGAUGCGUCCCAUGCCCGGGCAGGCGCCGCCACCCAACGCGAACAGCAACCACGCUCUCCAGGACUACCAGAUGCAGUUGAUGCUGCUAGAACAACAGAACAAGAAGCGUCUGUUGAUGGCGCGCCAAGAGCAAGACAACAUGACCAACGGACCCAAUGGCCCUGUACCCGCUUCUGGUCAGCCUCAAAACUUCGCGCCAGCCAUGUCGCCCUCCAACAGCAGGGCUGGUCCCUCUCCAGGUCCCAACGAGCAGAUGCGACGCGGCACUCCCAAGAUGGCUCCCGGUGUCGUCCCCUCUCCCACCGCCGACGGUGGCAUGCCUGGUCGCGCCUCCCCUGCCCCAGGCCAAUUCGAUCCGAACAAUCCCAUGAACCCGGCCAUGUUCCCAAUGGGCAUGAUGAAAGGUCCCAACGGCCAGAUGAUGCAGCCGCCCAGCUCGCAUCCUGCCUUUGCUCAGAUGAACCAGCAACAACAGAUGGACAUGUUCCGCCAGGCUCAAGCACGUAAUGGCCAGGCACAGAUGGCCAAUGGCUUUAUGCCUCAACCAGGUCCCAUGAUGGGGGGCCAGCCUCCGCCACAACCACCCAACAUGACACCCCAGCAGCGCAAUGCUGCCAUGCCGCCUCCGCCUGCUCCUGGUAACGAUGGCCCAAGAGCUGGUACCGGUCCUUCGUCUCCCUCGCAAAAUCAAGCCCCACCCACACCUUCACAAGCGAACAAGCCCAACACCAAGUCCAAAAAAGAUAAUUCGAAGGCCGCAAAUAAGGGUGGCAAGAAGGGAACAACCGGUGCAACUCCUCAAGAGUCAACCGAGCAACCCCCUACUCCAACUCCAGCACCGCCAAUCACACCCCAGCCUAGUUCGGCUUUCCCCCCGAAGCCAGGCCAGCCUCAGAACCAACAACAACCCUCGAACGCACAAUCCGGCAUGCCAGGACAGCAAAAUCCGGGCGGCGACAUGUCCAACAUUGGAGCUCCCUUCGGCAAUAUGGACGACAACUUUGGCAGCAUCGGCGGUAUCGACUUCGAAAUGGGCGGCCCAGAUGUGCUUGAUAACUUCGAUUUCGACUCCUUCCUCACGACUGACGGUGGCGCCGACGGCUUCAGUUUUGACCCAAGUGGCAUGAAUUUCGGCACUGAUGGUGGACUUGAAGCAGGCGGUGAUCUUUGA